UGUUAAAAACUAUAAAAAUAAAAUUAAAAAAAUUAAAAUGCACUCUUCAUUUGGCACGCGUAACAUUGGCCAGAGUUUUGGUUUUAAACUUUUUUGUUGCCGUGUAUGUACCUGUGUAAAUUUUGGCUUUGUCAAUUCACGUGUGGGCCUGAUUAAAAUUUUGCAAUUAACUUUGGCGACUUUGUGUGAAGGCUUGCUCGUGCACUAUGGCAUACCAGCCGUCGAUACAAUUGGACAAGCGCUAACAUCCAUGCUAACAACGACCGCUUAUUGCUUUACAACAACAGCUAUAUUGAUGAUAUGCUAUUGCUUUUCGGAGAAGUCAUCGAGUCUUAUCAGGCAAUCGCUCUUUGAGACACUUUUCAAUGGCGUCGCUUGCAGCAUGUACUUCAGCUCGUCCAGUUAUAUGGGUUUCGCUUGUGUAGUUUGGCUGCAUCCGCAAUUUCUUGUGCGUCCUGGUUUCUGGGCAUAUCCAGCCAUGACAGCGGCAUAUUAUAUGGGCUAUGCUGCGGGCAUUUUACAUGCUAUCGAUGCCUAUUUAGCUUUUAGAUAUUACAGAGGUUGUCGCUAAUAAGAAAAGGUUUGAUUUUAGCAAAAUAUCUUUUACAAUUUUAUUUAUUUUUAUUUUUUUGUUUUUUUUUUAUUUUUUUGUGUAUACAUUGUAAAUUGUUUGCAUUUUCAAAAUUCAUAAUUUAAGUUUUUUUGUGCAGCACACUUAAGGCACGUACGAGUGAAUAUUUUAUUAUUAAAUAAUAUUAUAACUUUUUGGUAGCAUUUAUUUAUAUAAAAUAAUUUAAAAUAAAAUAGGAAAUUAUAUUAAGUCAUAAAUAAAAUAAAAUUAAUUCGUACGAAUCACAAAUAUUGCAGUUAAUCUCUUAAAAUAAAAUAAAUAUAUAUACAAUGUAAAUUUUCAAAAUGAAAGGAUUUUAUAAUGAUAAAAAUUAUGCAUAAAAAACAUAUUAACAAAUAAAUGCAUUAAAUGAGUUAUUUAAAUUUAAUCACUAUUUUUUUUUUUUUGCACUAGAACUGUUAGCUUUCGUAUUUAAUAUAAUCGAAUUAAUGCUACCAAGCAUUUGCCGCAUGCAGGAGAUUCU